CUGACACCAAUUAUAUUAACAAUACUAUACCCAGAGACUGUAACGGCGUGUGCAUUAGCGUUGGGUGUUGGUUUUAGAUCGGUUAAGGUCUUAAAUACGUCGCUAUAUGAGGUUCUCCGCUUCCAUGGGGAAACAUUAAAGGCCAUGUUAUUCGAAAUAGUGUCUUGUGAUUGUACAUCCUGUAACAAUCAUGUAACAUUAUUCGUAUAUAAAAGUUAGCAGAAUGGAAGUCCGACCCUUCAUAUCAGUUGGUGGAUGUUUCCUGAUUUAUCUGGCAAUUGGUACAAUACUAACGUUUGGAAACCUCACUCCUUACUUAACUUCUUACCUGAGACAAAGAGUCAAGAAGGACAUAACAUAUGAAGAAACUAGCUGGAUUUUUUACUCGUAUAUCUCUACAUGUUCUUUGCUUUACUUUGGAGGAAAACUAGGUAGUUUUAUUGGACGUCGUUGGAGCAUGAUUGUUGGUUCUUGUAUUUUAUGCUUUGGAAUAGCAGUGACGUACUGGAGUAUACAACACAGCCUGGUAGCUACCAUAAUCACUUAUGGAGUGGUUGAUACUUUGGGACUUGUCUGUUGCUUUGGCCACCCCGUAGUCACUGCUGUUGAGUGGUUUCCUAACAAGAAAGGCCUCGUGACAGGGAUAGUGGCUUCAGGGAUAGCUUUAACUCCUCUGUUUAUGAAUAGUGUACAGACAUUCUUUGUGAACCCUACUAAUGUCCAACCUGCUUCUGAUGGGUUUUUUUACAACGAUGAAGUUAUUGAAAGUGUACCUAUUUUGUUUCUGAUAAUGGCAAGUGUGAAUGGUGGAUUUCUACUGAUUGGGCUGCUUAUGUACCAAGAAUUACCACGAGAGUCAAAUCAGGAAGAAACAAUAUCCAGUGAACUAACUAAUGUGUACGAAACGUCAAGACGAUCGUGUAGUAAAGAACUUAGUGGACCAAUUACGAAAGACUUGGACUAUAGAACAACAAUAAAUAACGACAAUUUAUUUGAAUCAUUGGAAGAAGAUUCAGCCAAUGUGAACGUUGAUGACGAACAACCGUACAGUAAUGGUGAUGUUAAACUUCAUGUAUCACCAAAAGAAGCUCUGAAAAUGAAAGAAUUUUACCUUUUAUCUAUAGUUUGUAUUUGCUCAUAUUAUCCAUUGAUGUUUGUGAAUAUUAUUUAUAAGACAUAUGGACAGACAUUUAUACCAGACGAUACGUUUCUGUCCACCACUGGCUCUGUCGCUGGAGUUGUCCAUGCCCUCAGCAGAGUGAUUGUGGGCUUAAUUCAGGACAAAUUAUCUUACAAGUUAACGAGUCUCCUGUUGCUGGGAGUAAAGACAGUAUUUCUGGUCACUAUGGUGGCGACACCUUAUGGAGGAGAAGUGAUGUACAUGAUCUGGAUUUGUGGGCUCUUUGCUACAUUUCCUCUUGUUUUUGUUUGUAUUCCGGUUGCUGUUGCUGAAGUAUUUGGAACGAAAUACACUGCUGAAAUUUUCGGAAUGGUACUUUUUACAUCAACAGCUUCUUUCUUUCUCUGGCCUUUAGUCCUCCAUCGUGUUACUUCUUCAUUAGGAUGGUUUGCUACGUUUUGUGUGACAGCAACUGUUUCAUUCAUAGGGAUACUUGUGACUAUACUUUUCCCUGAAACCCAUCGUACACAACCAUUAAUAUCAAGUAGUUUUGAUGGAGACAAAGAACGGACUCGUUACGGAGCUUUUGAAUAUAACAAGUGAAUUUAUUAACGUUUGUCACUUCUCAGAUGUUAUUACAUUAUAUCUUUAACACAGCCUCCACUUCCUGUGUAAUCAUUACGUAAUAAGUAUCAUAAUGUUUAUUCA